AUUAUUAAGUUGUAUUGGCAGAUUGGUUGUUUGUUUCAUAUUCGGGCAUUAAUUCUUAAUCAGCUAUUAGUUAAAAACGGUUGCACACACAUUUCAUAAGGCGCUCUAAAAACGCGUGAAAACUUUACGUUGCAACGCGCAAGUUUAUAGGGAGUGUAGACUUCUUUAAGCAGACGUUGUGAAGUUGGCACUGAUUAAAUCUACUAUAAAUUUUAGCCAUCGCUGUUAAAAUCAAGGAUCUUAUGUACAAAUGGAUACUACAGGAACCGGGUUUUUGGCGAAGUUUACACAGGCGAUGCCAGGACCUUUUAGACGAAAACGCUCUCCCUCAUUAGAAAAGAUACCUGUAGAGAAACUCCAGCAGGUAGAUAAUGAUGAAGAAGUAUAUCAAGAUGAUGGGCCGCUGGUUAGCUGCAUUGAAAAACGCCCCCAACUUCCCACCCCACUACUAAUUGAGGAAGAUUACGAUUAUACUCUUGACUGGAAGAACCUAACAGAAAGAAAUACUUCAUUAUGUCAUCCUAUAAUGGAAGCACCAGUUGAUAUGCCAUUCUACGAAAACAUAAAGAUACAGCCAAGCAAUACAUCGACAACUCUCCCAAAUGAUACCGAUCAGAAACACCAGUUCCCAAUUCUAAAAUCAGAAAAGGUGGAUCCAAGAUCGGAUCUUUAUUGUUGGAAUACAGAACAUCAAGAUCAGCCGCCAGUUAUGGAGGAACGGCGAAUUAAUGCAGUGCCGCCUUUUUCGAAGGCUCGUCUUGAGAUAAACAAAGAAAUCCUAGCAAAAAAGCUACUAUCAAUGAAUCCGAAUAUCGCGAGCACACUUACUGAUGACGUUAGCAAAGCAGAUGGUAGCCCUAAACCGAGUAAAGCAAAAGAACCUACAGGUGAUGCCGAUAUGUCCAAUCUUUACAUGAAUUCAAUGUGUGCACCGAACAGCUCACAUCAACUUGUUCAUGGCUUAUUACCGCAAUCGAUCAAUUUGUCUCCACAUGUUCGUAAACCACGUAAUAAUGACAAAUCAUCAGAGUCGAUCAGUCCACCGCCUCUUCCAGUCCGACCAUACGCUCAUGAUGAUCUCUCAGAACCGGUUAGCCCGCCAUCAUUUAAUUCAUCGAAGUCAUACACUGGUGAAAAACCAUCAACCACGAUCAGUCCGUGGCCACAUCUUCCACCAAGGCCUGGCGCUAAUGAAAAACCAUCAACACAAGUAACUUCACGUCCACCCCUUCCAAACAGACCCAAAGGUGAUCGCAAACCAUCAGAUGGGUUCAGUAGGCGACCACUCCUUCCAAUAAGACCAGACGUUGACGGCUUGCAAUCAGAACCGGCCGUUAGUCCUCAACCAUAUGUUCCAAAAAGACCAAACGAUGAGAUACUGUCUUUGGAACCGACUAUUAGUUCGUCACAACCUCUUCCCGUGAGACCGUACAUGGAUGACAACGCCUCGGAUCAGGUACUCAGUACACGACCAAAUCUUCCGACUAUUAGUUCGUCACAACCUCUUCCCGUGAGACCGUACAUUGAUGACAACGCCUCGGAUCAGGUACUCAGUACACGACCAAAUCUUCCGAUCAGACCAAACAUCGAUGAAUUACUACCUGAAGCAAUCAAUACACGACUACUAAUACCACAUACAAGUUACAGUGAUGAGGACAACCAGGUAUACGAGAUAACCAGGAGACCUGUGAACUGUUUAACAGUGCAACAACUUAUUGAGCAAGUAAGGCUAUUGGGAGUCAGAGAGCAUGUCAUAGAUCGGAUCCGCGAAAAUCUUGUCGAUGGACCUUUAAUUGCAAACAUGGAUAAGAGUUUGAUAUCAGAAGCGUUGAAUGCGAACCCACUAGAAACGUUGAAGAUCUAUGAAUUCGUUCAUAAAGGAUGGAAACCAAAUAUAUAGAUUUAUGUAAAAUUUAUAUGAAUCGAGCUUCCAGCUAAGCCCUGCCCCUUUGAAAUAGUUGCAAUGGUCCAACAAAAUGGCAGUUUUAAAACAUACGCAAAACAUUGAUCUCUACUAUAAUAGCUGGAUUGCUCAUUGGCUGGUUUUAGUGAGGCCAACGACGCCAUGUUGGGGGGUGGGGGCUAAGUGACGUAUCAGUUU